UUUUGCAAGAAACAUUUAUUAUUAUAUUAAAUAUCAAUUUAAUUACUGAAUUUCUUUUCUUAAUAGUGCAAAAAUUAUACUGAAAAUCAGAUUUAUGUGGAAUAUACGAUUGAUACUUUUUAGCUAUCAUGAAGAAAGAGCGAACUGGGGACAAUUGUCGUCCCUUUAAAUUAGCUCAUCAGAUCUUAAGUUUGACUGGCAUAAGCUUUGAAAGAAGAAGUGUUAUUGGAUUUGUAGAGCUGACUAUCGUACCAUUAAAGGACAACUUGAGAUACAUUCGAUUAAAUGCAAAGCAGUGUCGAAUUUAUAGAGUAUGCUUGAAUGAUCAAUAUGAAGCAAAUUUUCAAUAUUUCGAUCCCUUCCUUGAUAUUUGCCAAAGCGAUCCAAAUACCCGAUCCUUGGAGGUGUUCUCUCAGUUCCACCUAGCUGCAGCUCAGAAGACAGAUCCCGAUCACAAUGCCGGUGAGCUACACAUCCAGGUGCCCGAAGAUGCUGCCCACUUGGUGGGGGAAGGAAGAGGGUUGAGAAUAGGAAUAGAAUUCUCCUUGGAGUCUCCACAGGGAGGAAUGCAUUUUGUUGUGCCAGAGGGCGAGGGAACUUUGACAGAGAAAUCCGCUCACAUGUUCACAUAUGGGCACACAGCAAGGCUCUGGUUUCCGUGUGUGGACAGCUUUGCUGAGCCCUGCACUUGGAAGUUGGAGUUUACUGUUGAUGAGAGCUUGACAGCUGUGUCAUGCGGUGAGCUGCUGGAUGUGGUGUACACUCCUGAUCACAGACGGAAAACAUUCCAUUAUGUUGUCAACACUCCGGCCUGUGCACCAAACAUUGCUCUGGCUAUUGGACCAUUUGAAACCUAUGUAGAUCCCCACAUGAAUGAGGUGACUCACUACUGUCUUCCACAUCUACUGCAAAUACUGAAGAACACUGUCCGCUAUCUACACGAGGCAUUUGAGUUCUACGAGGAAACAUUGUCUACUAGAUAUCCUUAUCCGUGCUAUAAACAAGUUUUUGUUGAUGAGACCACAGAUGAUGCUACAGCAUACACCACAAUGUCAAUAUUAAGCACCCACUUGCUACAUUCAAUAGCUAUAAUAGACCAAACCUACAUCAGUCGGAAGGCCAUGGCUCAAGCUGUGGCUGAACAGUUCUUUGGCUGUUUCAUAACAAUGCAGAAUUGGUCGGACCUGUGGCUGGCCAAGGGUAUACCAGACUACCUAUGUGGAUUGUACUCCAAGAAAUGUUUUGGAAACAAUGAAUAUAGGUAUUGGAUACAUCAGGAGUUGCAAGAGGUGAUGACAUACGAGGAGCAGUUCGGUGGCAUAGUGCUGGACCCGUGGCAGCCGCCGGCGAGCGGCGCGCGCGUCGACAGCAAGGACGUGUUCUACUUCCCCGUGCGGAACGUCCAUACCAUGUCGCCGCGGUAUAUCGAGGUGAUGCGUAAAAAGUCCCACCUGGUGUUACGCAUGUUGGAGCAGCGGAUCGGCCAAGAGCUGCUGCUGCAAGUGUUCAACAAGCAACUGUCCCUGGCUACCAAUGCCGCCAAUACCAAAAUAGGCAGCGGUCUGUGGGGCCACCUGCUACUGUCCACGAACCUAUUCGUGAGGGCGAUAUUCACAGUGACGGGGAAGGACAUGGCGGUCUUCGUUGACCAGUGGGUCCGGACCGGGGGACACGCCAAGUUCUCGUUGACCUCGGUGUUUAAUAGGAAAAGGAAUACAGUAGAACUAGAAAUACGACAAGACUGUGUGACGGAGCGCGGCAUACGCAAAUACGUCGGCCCGCUGCUGGUACAACUUCAGGAGUUAGACGGCACAUUCAAACACACGCUACAGAUUGAAAACACAGUCGUCAAAGCGGACAUCACCUGCCACAGCAAGAGCAGGAGGAACAAGAAGAAGAAGAUCCCCCUGUGUACCGGUGAAGAAGUUGAUAUGGAUCUGUCGGCCAUGGACGAUUCCCCUGUCCUGUGGAUCCGGCUGGACCCCGAGAUGUCGUUACUCCGGACCACAGUCAUCUCUCAGCCGGACUACCAGUGGCAGUACCAGCUCCGGCACGAACGUGACGUCACGGCACAGUCUGAAGCUAUCGACGCGUUGCACAACUACCCCGGCCCGGCGACCCGCAAGGCGCUGACUGACACUAUAGAGAACGAGCAGGUGUACUACAAGAUCCGGUGCCGGGCCGCACAUUGUUUGACUAAGGUGGCGAACGCCAUGAUAAGCUUGUGGGCGGGCCCGCCGGCGAUGCUGACGAUAUUCCGCAAGAUGUUCGGUUCCUUCUCCGCGCCGCACAUCAUCCGGCAGAACAACUUCGACAACCUGCACCACUACUUCCUGCAGAAGACCAUACCGGUGGCUAUGGCUGGUCUCCGCAACAUCCACGGCAUAUGCCCGCCCGAAGUAGUCCGGUUUCUCCUGGACCUGUUCAAGUACAACGACAACUCCAAGAACCACUUCUCCGACAACUACUAUAAGGCCGCGCUCGUCGACGCGUUAGCAGCCACCAUCACGCCGGUCAUAUCUGUGUUGCAGCCGGGUGCACCUAUAACAGCAGAUUCUCUGUCCGCUGACACCAAACUCAUCCUAGAGGAGAUAACGCGAGUCCUGAACUUGGAGAAGGUGCUGCCGUGCUACAAGAACACGAUCACCGUCAGCUGUCUCAAGGCGAUCCGGCGGCUGCAGCAGUGCGGUCACCUGCCGAGCAUACCGACUGUGUUCCGGGCGUACGCACAAUAUGGACAGUAUAUAGACGUGCGUCUCGCGGCUUUCGAGUGUCUAGUCGAGUUCGUAUCGGUGGAGGGGCGGGCGGAAGAUCUGUCGGCGCUGCUGGCGGUGGUGGAGGGCGACCCCUCGCCCGGCGUGCGGCAUCGCGUGGCGCGCGCGCUGCGGGCCGCCCCGCCCUUCGAGCGCGGCGCCCGCCACGCCCUCGACACCGACCAGCUCGUGCACAGACUAUGGAAUAAUAUGAACAGUCAACUAUCCAACGACGCGCGGCUCCGAUGCGACCUCGUCGACUUAUACUACACUCUAUAUGGCUUGAAGCGACCUCUAUGCGUGCCUCUGCCGGAGAUACAGGCGAUGAUGAAGCAGAUGCACCACCGGGAGAGAGAGAGACUGGAAAGAGAGAGAGAGAGGAUGGAGCGGGAGAGAGAGAGGCUGCGGGAGGUGCGGGAGGUGGAACUGAAGCCCAUCAUCAAGCAGGAGAUUGUAGAAACCCCGAUAAAGGACGAGCUGCAAGUGGGCCCGAUGCUGACGACGGACGCGCCGACCGAGCUCCCCGUCCCGCUCACACACAUCAAGGAGGAGGACGACAAGAUAGACAUCAUUUCUGUCACGGACACUCCCAUGCCUAUGUUCAAUGAGGUGGGCAAGCGCGAGUACAUAUCGGACAACGCGGCGCCGCUGCCCGGUAUACCCGGGUCGGCCGGCCCCAUCGGCUUCGAGCCCGGCAUGUUCGCCGACAGGACAGACCUCGGAGCGCCCAAGGCCAAGAAGAAGAAGAAGGACAAGAAGAAGCACAAACACAAGCACAAGCACAAACACAGCAAGGACAGGAAGGAUAGGCCGCCGCCCCUCACCCCUGGCGCCCUGCGGCCCCCCUCCGAGCUCCGGCUGCGGGAGGAGACGAGAGAGACCUUCAGCUCGCUCAGCUCCAGCCAGAGCCCCUCAGAGGAUAUCUCCCUUACAACUAAUAUGAGCUUCUGAUUAGAUCUACUUGACAUCUUUGAUUGAACCAAAGUGGCGGAAGAUCUGCAGGGUAGAAUGAAUCUUGCGACAGCAAUAUAAUAGGCGUUUGACACUGCCAGAUGUCGCAGAACAUUUUCUGUUUGUGUAAAAAAUUGCAUUAUCCAUAGACAGCAGGUAUUGUAUAAUUUCCUCCUGUUGUAUUGCUGUUGGUAAAUACAAAAUGCCGCGCGGGUUUUUCUUCGUCAAGUUUUACCUAAAAACGGGCACGAGUGAUGGCCGCAGCGUCGCUAUUUUGGUUAAGUGAAAGCUAUAAUAAUAUUAUUAAUAUAAUAAAUGAAUAUAAUAAAGUAAGUACAAUGA